GUAGAAAAACUAACUGAAGAGCCUUUGAAAGUUGACAGCUUUGAACAAAAAGCUGUUCUGGAAAUAGAAGAAUCAACUGAGCACACUUCAGAAGAUGCUAGUGAAGAAAAUACAGUAAAGGCAGUUAUAGAAAAAUUAACUAGUGAGCUGGAAAAAGUUGCUGAUGAACAAAAGGUAAUGACAGAUGAGGAAAAAUCCACUGAACAUACCAAUGUAGUUGAUUCUGUGGUACAAAAACCAGAAACCGUUACUGCAGAGUCUGUAGUUACUGCAGUUUCAGAUUCUGAAAAAGCUGUCCAAGAAGACUCAAAAAUCGCAUCUAGUGAGACAAUAAAAGAAAUAACUGAGGCAGAAUUAGAGCAUGCUACUACAGAACCUGCAGAAAAGGUAUCUGAAAGUUCACCUUUGGCAGGAGUGGCCUCUUCAACAAAUGAAGAAAAAACCAUUGGUACCAACUCAAUUCCACCUCUUGCUCCUUCAACUCCUCCACCACAACAACAACCUAGGCCGGGUAUGACCAGGCCUCUUGGUCCACAAGUCCAAAGAAUGGGAGUACCAAGAAUGGCUGGGCCGCGAAUGGGAGCACCACGAAUGAGUGGGCCAAGAAUGGCUGGUCCUAGACAGCCAGGGCCACAAAAGCCACCUGAACCAGCUCCAUUUUCUGGGUUUAUGUCUAUGUUCUCUGCCCCAAAUACACAAAGUAAAUCACCAACUGUUGGUGGAUUUUUUUCAAGUUCAGCUGCCUCACUUUUUGGUUCAUCACCUGCGCCUCGUCAGCCACCACCACAACCGCAACAGCAACAUCAACAGCAACAACAGAAAAGCUCAUUUUUUGGCCUUCCAAGUAGUAUUGCUUCAGAAUCUCUUACAAGUGACUUACUUGGUAUGUUCAAAGGUCCCGAGACAACAAAACCUGAGGAAACUCAACAGUCUGGUACACAGUGUAGACCUGAUGAGCUUUCUGCUAGUGUGACAGACUGUGCAAUCACUGAAAAACCAGAGAUACCUUUAUCUGAAGAUGGACAUGUCAAGAGCACAGAAUCUGAACUUCCUGAAAAAGGUUUGGUGGAGGAGACGGAACAAAAAGAAACGGAAGCAGAAGGAAAUUCUCUCACUGAAUCUAUUAUUCAAACUACUGAGAAACAAUCAGGGGAUGAUGAACAUGUAGAGCAUUCAGAAGGGCCAGUUACUGCAGUGUCUGACAAAGCAGCACCACCCACAGCUCCAGAAAACAAGGGCAUCUUUGAAAUUCCAGGUCUCACUGCCCCAAAAUUAGGCUUUUUGUCUGUAGCUGCUGAAGGUACAUCAUCGAUUGGAUCCCUUUUCUCCACCUCAACAUCUCCAGCCACUGCUUCAAAGGCACCUCAGACACAACAAACUGAUGGUGGUCUAUUUUCUGGUUUUAAAAGCCUUUCAGCUGGUAUUUUCCAUGAUGAAAAGUCAACUGGAAAGGAGGAAGCAUCUGUUUCAUCUGUGUUUGGCAUGAAACUUACCUCAAUGUUUGGUAACUCUGACUCUCCCAGACCUGAAUCCACUCCUCCUGUGGUCAGCGUAGAGCCUCAGUCUGAAACUCCAAAACCUACUGAAUGUGAGGAUCCAGAACCUGAUCAACCUUCCCCAGGUUCUGGAGAAACUGAAAGUGAAGAUGGCAGUGAUACAGAAGGACCAACAGAAACUUCAAAAACAGGAAGCUGUGACAGCUUAGCACAGUCACCUCUGUCUGGUGUUCCUUCGCACUCAGUUUCCCAAAUAGAAAGUUUGGAUACACCUCAGUUAAUGGUCACCCCAUGUGAGUUAGAUAAGAGUGAAGUAAACGCACCUGAUGUCGUGCAUGCAGAACUGGAAAUGGAUCAACCAAAGGAACAGUUAACGAAGGAAGCUAUGAAAAGCCCUCCAGAUAGCAGCCACUUUGAUUCGUCAGGGAACCUCAGCCCAGUCAGCUCUCAGCUGAGCUCUGAGCCUGAAGAGCGCCGACAUGUAGAGUCCUGCCACCCCAGUAAGCCUCGCCCUCCUCUCCAAAACCAGCCGUCCAACUGGAACAAGGAAGAAGAGGACGAUGCUGAAAAGGACGUGCAUGCACUGCCAGAGCCUGGUUCUAAGAAAGAUUUAAAGGACUCUUCAGACAUCCUUCCUAAACCAACCUUGGACAACUGUGAUAACAAGAGACAGACAAAUGGUUUCUUCGUAGAUGGCCCUCCACCCUGCUCUCCGUCCAAAGUUCGCUGGCUGAAAGCCUACAACAAAGUGAGAGUGAAACUGCACGAGAAGGCUGUGGUCCAUGGAUAUGCCCCCCUGCCCCAGCAACAAACCAGUCAUACUGAACAAUGUUACAGGCAGUGUAAGACUGCCCUUCAGACUCCUUCAUAUGUGAAGAACUAUUGA